UCAGAGAUUUGUUUGUGUUCUUGCGAGAUGAUUCCACGUGCAUCAGUAUUUUGUAAUAAAUGUGAACAUUGGCAGGGUACUCUGGGAAUUACAUUCCAAGUUUGUCUCUUUUCCAGUAAACUGUAAAUGAACUUCAGAAGUACUUCCUGAUAAAAAUGAAUCCUCCAAAGUGACGGGUUGUUUACCAAUGUCUUUAUAAGUUGCUGCACCAACCCAUUUCUCUAGCAUUCUGUUGCAAAGCAGGACAGAAACAUCACAUCCAUUCUCAGCACAUCAACUUAAUAGGUUAUGGCUAUGAGCAGACGCCUGACUUUGGGUCUCUGUGUUCUCUCCCUGCUGGUUCUGCCAGGCCAGAUGGAGAAGUGUGAAUGCCAGGGUCCUAGAGGCUUUCCUGGAGCCAGAGGACUUCCUGGACUUCCUGGAUAUCCUGGUAGAGUUGGACGUGAUGGAGUCCGUGGUCUACCUGGACCCCCGGGCCUUGCAGGAGCUACUGCCAUAAACUAUGAUUUCACCAGAAGAGUUGACAAGAAGUACUUUGUGUCACACAAGAGACCGGGUUCUUUUGACGACGCUGUUCAGUUCUGUACCAAGAGGGGCUUGGUGUUGGCUUUGCCGAAGAACGAGGAGGAAAACACUGCUCUCACGCAGGUCUUUGAAGGGGCUUUGAAGAAUGCAUGGCUCAAUGUUGACAACAGUAAAGAGGGGAAGUUUCAGGUAGAUUUGAAAGGCCAUCCCCUCACCUUUUCCAAAUGGGGAGAUGGGGAACCAAAAGUGCCUAAUGGGGAUAAGGGCUGUACAAUGUUGACAGAGUCAGGUGCAUGGCAGGUGACAUACGAUUGCUCCUUCAAUGCCUAUAUCGUGUGUGAGAUAUAGAGACACGUCAAUUAAAUGCUGUUUCUGAAUUUAAUAUGAAAUAUUUAUUCUCAAUGAAAAUUUCUUAUGUUUAAUCUCAAUGUAUUAUCUCUAUUCCUUAUCUUGUGCGUAUUUCCAGUUCUUUACCUUUAUUCAAAUUAGCUAGUUAAAAUGUGAGGUAAAAUUUGAAGGGACAUUUGUGGAAUAAAGCAACCAACACAUUUA